CCCAUCCGGCACCGAACCUGGGGAGUGGGGAGGAGCCCUCAGGGCAGGAUCCAGACCGUCCAGCCCUCGCCUGGCCCCCAGCUGGGAGUCCCUGGCGCGCGCCAGCUGCGUACGCGGCGGGCGCCUCACACCUGCCAGCGUCUUCUUCACCCCCAGCUGUGAGGCCGAGACUCCCCCAAUCCGGGAAGGCGCCCCACACCUGCUGCAGUCGUGCAUCUCCCUGCAGCUGCGGGCCUGCGCGCCCCCCGUGCUGAGAGAAAGGCCACGCUCCAGCCAUACCUCAAUGGACCCCAGGGGCAUCUUGAAGGCAUUUCCCAAGAGGAGGAAAAUUCAUACCAAUCCAUCAUCAAAAGCACUUGCAAAGAUUCCCAAGAGGGAAGACGGAGAAGAAGCAGGAGAAUGGCUGAGCUCCGUGCGGGCGCAUGUUGUACCCACUGGCAUUGGGCGAGCCCGGGCAGAACUCUUUGAGAAGCAGAUUGUCCAGCAUGGUGGCCAGAUAUGCCCUGCCCAGGCCCCAGGGGUCACUCACAUUGUGGUGGAUGAAGGCAUGGACUGUGAGCGAGCCCUCCGCCUCCUUAGACUGCCCUGGCUGCCCCCAGGUGCUCAGCUGGUGAAGUCAGCCUGGCUGAGCUCGUGCCUACAGGAGAGAAGCCUCGUGGACACAGCAGGAUUCAGCAUCUUCAUCCCCAAGAGGUACCUGGAUCAAGCACAGCUCAGCAAGGCAGACCAAGACUCUUCUACUCCUCCUGGAGCUAGUGAGGCUCAGCUCAGGACAGCCCUCUCUCCUUCCCCUCCUCCCACCAGACCUGUAUCUCCUUCCUGGAGGGCAGAGGAAGUCACAAGCCUCCAAGCACAGCCCGGCUCUGGUGGUGAAACCAGUGAUGGGGAAGAGACCCAGGUUAGCGCAGCUGAUCUGGAAGCCCUGAUCAGCGGCCGCUACCCAACCCCCCUUGAGGGAGAUGGUGAGCCUAGCCCAGCCCCUGAGGGCCUGGAUAAGUGGGUCUGUGCACAGCCUUCGAGCCAGAAGGCGACCAACCACAACCACCACAUCACAGAGAAGCUGGAAGUGCUGGCCAAAGCCUACACUGUUCAGGGGGACAAGUGGAGGGCCCUGGGCUAUGCCAAGGCCAUUAAUGCCCUCAAGAGCUUCCACAAGCCUGUCACCUCCUACCAGGAGGCCUUCAGUAUCCCCGGAAUUGGAAAGCGGAUGGCUGAGAAGAUCGUAGAGAUCCUGGAGAGUGGGCAUCUGCGGAAGCUGGACCACAUCAGUGAAAGCGUGCCUGUCUUAGAGCUCUUCUCCAACAUCUGGGGAGCUGGAACCAAGACUGCCCAGAUGUGGUACCAUCAGGGUUUCCGGAGCCUAGAAGACAUCCGAAACCAGGCCUCUCUGACUACCCAGCAGGCCAUUGGCCUGAAGCAUUACGAUGACUUCCUGGACCGCAUGCCCAGGGAGGAGGCUGCAGAGAUUGAGCAGACAGUCCGGGAAGCAGCUCAGGCCUUCAACCCUGGGCUGCUGUGCGUGGCAUGUGGUUCGUACCGACGGGGGAAGGCAACCUGCGGUGACGUGGACGUGCUGGUCACCCACCCAGACGGCCGGUCUCACCAGGGCAUCUUCAGCCGCCUCCUGGACAGCCUCCGGCAGCGAGGGUUCCUGACGGAUGACUUGGUGAGCCAGGAGGAGAAUGGCCAGCAGCAGAAGUACUUGGGUGUAUGCCAGCUCCCAGGGCCAGGGCGGCGGUACCGACGGCUGGACAUCAUUGUAGUUCCCUACAGCGAGUUUGCCUGUGCUCUGCUCUACUUUACUGGCUCUGCCCACUUCAACCGUUCCAUGCGGGCUCUGGCCAAGACCAAGGCCAUGAGCUUGUCGGAGCAUGCGCUCAGCACAGCUGUGGUCCGGGACACCCAAGGCCUCAAGGUGGGGCCUGGCCGAGUACUGCCCACCCCCACUGAGAAGGAUGUCUUCAGGCUCUUAGGCCUGCCCUACCGAGAACCAGCUGAGCGGGACUGGUGACCCACGGCUGGGGGAGGGGGUGCCAAGCUGGACCGGCUGGCCCUCCUGGCCAUUCCUCCAGCCUCAGCUGGCUGAACCUCACUCUUUCAACCACCAGGUCCUCUGGGCCUGAUGGAAAAGGCCAGCCUGGCUCCCCGGGCUACCCAGGCCUCUCCCUGACAGGAACAGGGUGCUGCCCCCUCUACCUCACCAUUGCCCCUGGGAGAGUUUAGCACAUGGCCCCCUGCCCCAUUUUAAGCAGGAACUGGUGCCUGGUUUGAGGCCAGCUUCCUGUGCUGAAGGCCCAGGCAUCCCCCUUCUCUACCCCAAGGAGGGUCUAGCAUGGGAUGGGGGCUGCAGGGGAGAGGCGCACAGCUGACGCCCAACAUCACCCAAGACCCUUCAGAGCAGGAGAAUGAGCCAUUCCACGUGUGCUCCCUCCGCCCACCCCACUUCCUGUGCAGCUGGCAGUGUAGGGAAGGGGCACCCCAGGCGCGACGAGGAUAGCAUUGGAAUGCCCAGGGACCCAGUAAAGUGCACUUGACAUUCAACCUGCCUGGUGUGUCUGUGAGCUGCUGCAGCCUCUGCCUGCCUUUCUUCUCCCAGGCGGGGACAGAGAUAGGAGGUGAAUGGGAACCCAGAGAGGCCAGUUAACUGUUCUCCAAACAGACCGGGCCUGAGUCAGCUCCUGAACAACUCAGAAGGGGGCAGGGGUGGACAUUAAAAGGGAGAAUUCGUGGAGUCAGGAAUUAGGAGCGCCUGUCUACCCAUCAGCAUAUCCUGUGGACCCUGCCCUAGAACAGGUUAUCUGAGGACAUGAACAAAGGUGGCAAGGCUCAUUAGGAAGAACUAAAUGGUGACCUGUGUGCCACUGACAGGGCUGAGGCAGUCAUGGAAGGCUGCCUGGAGGAGGCGAGGGGCAGCCUGGCAGGAAAUAGCCUAUUUGAGAGUGGUAAGCAGCUCUGUUUGGGGACAACUAAGGAACCUGCUUUAGAGGGGAUGCUACGUGCUGGGGGUUGGGAGAAGGCCAGGCUGGUACAGGAUUGAAAGUCAAGUUGAGGGGCUUAGUUUGGUAGAGCAGCUAGGAGGGUCCAGCUAGUGGCAUCAGGAUGGUUUCGUAGACUGGACCUUGCAGGACAGGAAACAUUUGGUGAGGGGAGAGGAGCAGUGGGAAGGUUGGGCAUACCAAGUACAAUAUAAAGAAUAUCGGGGCUCAGAGGCUGGAGAAGGUGGCUGCGUUGGAGGAGCACCAAGGAGCCCGGGCCGCAGAGAUGGGCUCCACCUGAGUGUGCUGGCUGUGAGGCAGGGAGGGGGUGGGUGCCAAGCCCUGCAUCUGUUGGUAACUUGCAGAGUCCCAGAGCUGGCCUUUGUUGGCCUGGUCUCAGUCAGGAGAUCCCAGCAACCUUAGAAUGGGCCCCUCAACUCUAGUUCAGAACCUUGAAGUCCAAGCCGUGGGGCCUUGCCUGCAUGGGUCAUGCCAGGAAAGGAAUCAAAAGCCAUGGGAGGGGGCUUCCCUGGUGGCGCAGUGGUUAAGAAUAUGCCUGCCAAUGCAGGGGACACGGGUUCGGGCCCUGGUCUGGGAAGAUCCCACAUGCCGCGGAGCAACUAAGCCCGUGAGCCACAACUACUGAGCCUGCGUGUCUGGAGCUUGUGCUCCGCAACAAGAGAGGCCGCGACAGUGAGAGGCCCGCGGGCUGCGACGAAGAGUGGCCCCCACUCGCCACAACUAGAGAAAGCCCGCGCACAGCAACGAAGA